GUUUGAUUAAUUUAUAAUUUAGAUGAAACCGCCCUCCAUUACUCCAUACGUAGGUUUUCUUUUAAGCUUUAAAAGUGUAAAGAUGUAAUACUGUAUGUAUCAUGAAUGCCUAAUUGCCUAAUGCCUACUUAGGUUUUCUGUAAACAACAUUACAAUGGGACUUGGGACUGUUUCUGGGUCUGUUUCGUUUUGCAAUUUCUAAGUAAAAUCCAUUAAAUGAGUCUGGUUACUCACUUGUGUUUGCAGACAUUGCUGUGUGUCAAACAGGCAAAGCUUCUGCUGCCAUUUGUUAAUUGUUGGGUCAUGGGUGAAUGGGUGGUUGGCCUAAAGAUGUCUAUAAGAGUAUAAGACUAAUAGAACACAAACCUCUUCUUCCUUCCAUAAAAAAACAACCAUUUCUUGUUAGGACUGGCCCUUUCCUUCAUCAUCUCCAUCUGCAUCUGCUCAUCAUCUCCAUCUGCAUCUGGUUAGUAAUGACAGUUUCAGCUGGAGGAGAUGUUGAACAUGAAAGAAAAGCAAAGCGAAAGCAAGUUGAAAGGGAUGAUGUGCUUGAAUCAGAAUCUGAAGAAGACGAUAGUUCUUCAGAGGGACAAGAAGAUCAAAUGGAAGAUGGCUCUGAUUCUGAAUCUGUGGGAGGCAGUGAAGACGAUAGUUCUUCAGAGGAACUUGAUGAGACAACGGGUUUGAUAUCUGAAGAUGUUAUCGACACGUCAAAUAAACAACCACCGGAAAUGCAACCUAUCAAUGAUGUCAAGGAAGCAAGUAGCAACCUUUUUCAAAAGAAGUUCGGUUUUGAUGAUGAGGAGAAGUUAUUGCAAGUGAUGAUCAGAGAAGGGGACACUCAUGGAACUCAGGGUUUUUGGAGGGGACAGAUGGAUUCAAUGCGACUCAGUAUUACUGUGAAUGAAGUUCAGUUGUAUGACAAGACAAGACGACUAAAGACAUGGUAUUCAAAGAGAUUGAGGAAUGAUAGCAACACACUCUUGAAUAACCAACAAUUUAAGGUGUUUCAACUCUGUGACAAGAUUUGGGGAAAGGAAGAAAGAGAGAAUUUUAAAGAUGUACAAAGUGAGAAGAAACAAGCAGUAGUAGAUCAUCAACCACAUGUGAAGAAACUUAAGAAGGAGAAGAAGAAAAAAGAAGUAGAGCAAUCACAUGUGAAGAAAGUUAAGGGGAAGAGAAUAGCAUCAGAGGUGACAAAGACAAGGGACAUGGAGUACAAACAUAAGUACUAUAAAUUUGUUAUUGAAUAUGUAAAGAAAAAUGUUGUUGAUUUUCCUUUUGAUGAGGCUAUGGAAGCGGUUCCGGUUUCGAUAAGGCCAAGCUUGGAGAAGAAAUGGUGGGAUAUGAAUGAAGUGAUGAUGGAAUCAUACAAAUCUUUGGUUCAUGAAAUCUUUGAAGCAGCAAAGCCUUCAUCUUCUCAUGUUUGAUUAGUCCAUGUCUAGUUUAACAUCAUGUGUUUUUGUUUUUGGAAGACUGGUUUAGGGCUUGUUUUGAAAUGUUGGUAAUUGUUUUUGUGUUUUUGCUAACAACUAUAUGUACUUCAAUGUUACCAAUACCUUCAAUGUUACCAACUAUACUUACUUUAGCAGGAUGUAAACUUACUUAUUUGGUGAGUUGUUACCAAUAAACUUACUUUUGCUUUGGA